AAGACAGGCAGAGAGCAAGGCAUUAAGACUGCAUAGAGCUGAAAAAAGUCAGUGGAAAUGAGGAAGCUUCCAGUUCUGCUGCUGCUAUGUGUGGCAGUUUGCUCAAGUUAUCCAGUGGACAGAGCUGCAGUGGACAAGGACGACAGCAUGGACUUUGUUCAGAAAUACCUGGAAGACUACUACAACCUUACAAAGGAUGUGAAACAGGUUGUUAGAAGAAAGGACAGUAGUCUGGUUGUUAAAAAAAUACAAGAAAUGCAGAAGUUCCUGGGGUUGGAGGUGACGGGGAAGCUGGAUUCUAACACUCUGGAGGUGAUGCAUAAACCCAGAUGUGGAGUUCCUGAUGUUGGUUACUUCAGCACCUUUCCUGGCCUGCCCAAGUGGAGAAAAAAUGACCUCACUUACAGGAUUGUCAAUUAUACACUGGAUUUGCCAAGAAGUGUUAUUGAUUCUACCAUUGAGAAAGCUCUGAAAAUCUGGGAGGAAGUGACUCCGCUUACAUUCUCCAAGAUUUCUGAAGGAGAGGCUGACAUAAUGAUCACUUUUGCAGUUCGAGAACACGGAGACUUCAGCCCUUUUGACGGACCUGGAAAAGUUUUGGCUCAUGCCUAUGCACCUGGGCCGGGGAUUUAUGGAGAUGCUCACUUUGAUGAUGAUGAACAAUGGACAAAGGAUACAUCAGGGGUCAAUUUAUUCCUUGUUGCUGCCCAUGAACUUGGCCAUUCCCUGGGUCUCUUUCACUCGACUGACAGUAACGCUUUGAUGUACCCAGUCUACAACCCACUUACAGACCUGGCUCGGUUCCGCCUUUCUCAAGAUGAUGUGAAUGGCAUUCAGUCCCUGUACGGACCUCCCCCAGCUUCCCCUCCUGAGCCCGUUGAGCCCACAGAAUCUACACCUCCAGAACCUGGGACGCCGGCCACAUGUGAUCCUGCUUUGUCCUUCGAUGCAAUCAGCACUCUGAGGGGAGAAAUCCUGUUCUUUAAGGACAGACAUUUUUGGCGCAAAUCCUUUAGGAGACUUGAACCUGAAUUUCAUUUGAUCUCUUCAUUUUGGCCACCUCUUCCUUCAAGUAUAGAUGCUGCAUGUGAAGUUAUUAGCAAAGACACUGUUUUCAUUUUUAAAGGAACUCAGUUCUGGGCUAUCAGAGGAAAUGAUGUACAACCAGGUUACCCAAGAAGUAUCCACACCCUGGGUUUUCCUUCAACAGUAAAGAAAAUAGAUGCAGCUAUUUCUGAUAAGGAGACGAAGAAAACAUACUUCUUCGUAGAGGACAAAUACUGGAGAUUUGAUGAGAAGAGACAAUCCAUGGAGCCAGGUUUUCCCAAGCAAAUAGUGGAAGACUUUCCAGGGGUUGAACCAAAAGUGGAUGCUGUCUUUGAAGCAUUUGGGUUUUUCUAUUUCUUCAAUGGAUCUUCGCAGUUCGAGUUUGACCCAAAUGCAAAGAAAGUGACACAUGUUUUGAAGAGUAACAAAUGGUUGAAUUGUUAGGAGACAUGCUUAGAUAACAUAACAUGGACAUUUUAAAUGAAGCUAACAGCUCUUCAGCUGAGUCUCUGUGACUCAUUUUCUCCUGAGUGUGCAGUGACGGAGAGCAUGACGUCUGUCUUUUGAGUUGGCUUCACAUAUUACAGGGCAUUC